ACCUCCCUUCUCUCUCUCUCUCUCUCUCUCUCUCUCUCUCCCCCUCUCUCUCUCUAUCUCGGGGGCUCAUAUUUAUCCCACCCUGCUGGACCCUCUCCUUGUGUAAAUCACGUUUUUAAAACCCUCGUCUUAGCAGCCUCAGAGUGAUCUUUGUCGCAGUGAGGACUCGUUACUUGUGAAUUAUCUCUGUUGUAUAUAUUCUUGGCUCGGUCGAGAGAUUAACUGGAGAGAAAUGGGGAGGGCGCCUUGCUGUGAGAAAGUCGGUCUCAAGAAGGGAAGGUGGACGGCGGAGGAGGAUGAAAUGUUACUCAAUUAUAUCCAGGCCAAUGGGGAAGGCUCCUGGAGGUGUUUACCGAAGAAUGCAGGGUUGCUGCGGUGUGGUAAGAGUUGCAGACUGAGAUGGAUAAACUAUCUGAGAGCUGACUUAAAGAGGGGAAAUAUUUCUUCUCAAGAGGAAGAUAUCAUCAUCAAAUUGCAUGCCUCUUUGGGUAAUAGGUGGUCUUUGAUAGCGGGUCAAUUACCAGGAAGAACAGACAAUGAAAUAAAGAACUACUGGAACUCUCACUUGAGCAGAAAAAUUGGCACCUUCAGGAGGCCUGCCACCACCACCGCCAUUACUACUGAAAUUAGCACCAGUUUCCCACCAGCCGGUGAUGAAGUUUCCGCAGCUAUGGAAUUAGGCCCUCCCAAAAGAAGGGGCGGCAGAACCAGUCGCUGGGCCAUGAAGAAGGACAAAACCUCCUCUACCACCAAACCCAAAGGCCUCAAGGCCCGGCUGAGGCAGAGCCACCACAAACACGAUAAUAUUGCUGCUGCUGCUGAUGAUGAUGAUGAUCGUCUCAAUAAUGCCCACGAGGCAAUUGCCUUGCCUACUAAAAGUAAUAAUAAAAACGUGGACACCAUGCAGGACGGUUACGUGCUACCAAUGGGGGUCCCGGACCAGCAGCAGGAAACUAGAGGUGGAGGAACCGCAAUGCCGGCAACGGUCAUUGAUCAUCAGAAAGAAACUGAUGGCGAAAAACUAAUUUUAGGACCACAUCCACAUGUACAUGGCGACGAUGAUAUGAAUGAAUAUGUCGGCAUUAAUGGAGGGUUGUUGGGUUUUACUGACUACUUGAUGGACGACAUUAAUGAGGACGAGAUACUGGAUCCAAAUGGGGCUAUGGCUUUAAGUUCAAGUGAAAUAAACAUUCAUCAAGAUGCUGAUCAUUUUCCGAACGCGGUUAUAAGUGAUCAUCAGGACACAGAAUUACCUUCGUCAUGUGACCAACUAGUCAUAAGUCCAAACAAAGUUAUGAAGACGACGACAACAACGACGACUACUACUACGGCAGCCAGUGAUGAUCAUCACGAUCAGGAGCUAGAGAGUAGCAGCUGCGGUUGUAAUUUGAGCUCCACGUCGUCGAUCUCAAACUCAAACGGAAAAGUUGUGACGGGGGACUUGCAUUCAUGCGGCUCUUCAUUGUCACUGACAAAUACUAUUAAUUGUGAUACGGAGGACGGUCAUACUGCAGGUGGAUUCGGAGAUCACGAUCAAAUAUUAUGGGAUUGGGAGAGUGUACUUAGCAAUGCUGGGACUGGGCAUGACUACUUAUGGGAUGGCCAUGACAGACAAAACAUGCUGUCUUGGUUGCGGGAAGGAGAAUCUGCUACUGCUGCUGGUGAUGGUGAUCAUGCUGAUGCCAUGGUGGCUUGGCUUCUAUCUUGAAUGUUCAAUUCAAUUUGUUGUACACUAGCCUUUUGUCAAUUUGUUGUUUCUUUGGUUUUAUUGGACUUUUUUUAUGUUUGAA